AUGGCGCCCGACAGAGGGCAAAAGUCGUCAAAGUCUCGAGCGUGGGACUCACUCGAACCUGCAAUCUCACCAUGGAUCCUCGAUGCGCUGUCUUCCAUGAACUUUUCCCGCAUGACUCCAGUACAGGCGUCGACGAUUCCUUUGUUCAUGGCCCAUAAAGACGUGGUCGUGGAAGCAGUCACAGGCAGUGGAAAGACGUUGGCGUUUCUUAUACCGGCGGUGGAAAAGUUGUUGAGACUAGAGGAGCCUAUCAAGAAACAUCACGUCGGAGCGAUAAUCAUUUCACCUACGAGAGAAUUGGCAUCGCAGAUUUACAAUGUCCUAUUGUCAUUGCUGGACUUUCACCCUGCUUCAGCGGCCACGCGCAGGGCAUUGGAUGCGCCAGACGAAUCUGUUCCAGAAACCGCACAAGAAGCAGCAUCUGCGUCGACAUUGAAAAUCGUCCCGCAGUUACUAUUGGGCGGUGCCACUACUCCGGCGCAGGAUCUCAGCACAUUCCUGAAGACAUCGCCAAAUGUGUUAGUGUCGACCCCGGGCCGACUGUUGGAGAUACUCUCCUCGCCGUACGUCCACUGUCCGCAGUCCUCCUUCGAGAUGCUGGUGCUAGACGAGGCUGAUCGACUGCUCGAUCUCGGCUUCAAAGACGAUCUGACAAAGAUCCUGAACCUGCUUCCCAAACAACGACGGACAGGUUUGUUCAGUGCGAGUGUGAGCGAGGCUGUUGACCAGAUCAUACGUGUCGGCUUGCGGAACCCGGUCAAGAUCGCUGUCAAAGUCAAAGGCGCGAAUGGUGUCGAGGACAAGCGCACCCCUGCAAGUCUGCGGAUGACCUACGCUGUCACACCGGCUUCACACAAGUUUCCAGCGUUGGUCACUCUGCUCAGGGGCUUGGACACACUACCGUUGCGCACUAUAGUGUAUCUCUCGACCUGUGCAGCCGUGGACUACUUCCAAGCUCUCCUACCGGCCAUCCUGCCAUCUGAGACGAUCCUGGUGCCUUUACACGGCAAGCAUCCGGCCAACGUCCGGCAGAAGAACUUCAUCCAGUUUACGAACUCGGUGUCUCCAGCAAUUCUACUGACCACAGACGUCGCAGCAAGAGGACUUGACAUUCCAUCCGUCGACUUGGUCGUACAGAUUGAUCCUCCUUCGGACCCCAAAGCCUUUCUCCAUCGCUGUGGACGGGCAGGCCGAGCGGGAAGAAAGGGUCUGAGUGUGGUGUUCCUCCUACCGGGCCGGGAGGAGGACUAUGUGUCGUUCCUGAGCGUCCGGCAAACGCCAAUCGAACCGCUCACGGACCCAAAUAUCUCCGUCACUGAAGACGAGUGCCGAGCCGUCGAAGAGAAGUUUCGAAAGGCCGUGCUAAAGGACCGGGGCUUGCACGAGAAGGCGCAGAAGGCAUUCGUGAGCUGGGUACGAAGCUACUCCAAGCACCAGGCGUCGUCGAUCUUUCGAGUCGCCGACAUCGACUGGACAGACCACGCGUCCGCGUGGGGCCUGCUGAAGAUGCCCAAGAUGCCCGAACUCAAGACCUGGGAUCGAAGCAGCUACCGCCCGCCCGCCGUCGACUGGGACACGUACGCGUACAAGGACAAACAGCGAGAGAAGCAACGGAAGCAAGCUCUCCGGGAAGGCCCACCGAAGGGAGAAGACGUAUCUGAGAGGAAGAAGGAGAAGAACCUCAACGACAAAAAGCGAAGCAGUACCGUGGCGUGGUCGGAGAAGAUUGAACGCAAAGCGACCAAGGAAGUCAAGCGGUCCAAGAAGGCCGCCCGACGAGAACACGACAGGAUUGCAAAACUGACAGACGCCGAGAGGGAGAAAGAAGCAGAGACGGCAAGAUUGGUCCGGCAGAUUCGCCAGAACCACGCCACUGCGACCGCGAAAGAUAUACAUGAUACUUUUGAAGGCUUUGAUUGA